CCUUAUCGUUUUACAAGCCUUAAUCAUCCAAGGAAAACAGAGGUAAAUAGUUAAGCAAGUAAAGAAAUGGCAAAAGUUCAACAGAUCACUCUUGUUUCCUUGGCGAUCUGCCUUUCAACCCUCCUCGGCUUCGCCGCCGCCGCCAACCCUGAAGAGAAGUUCAUCGUUGAAGGCCGAGUUUACUGCGACACUUGCCGUGUUGAAUUUGAGACCAAAAUCAGCAAACCAAUUAAGGGCGCAUCAGUGAAAUUGGAAUGCCGGAACAUUACCAACGAGAAAAUCGUGUCGCACAGCCAAGACGUAGUUACCGACGAAGCCGGAGGAUACAAGAUCGAGGUGAAAGGUGAUCACGAAGAUGAGAUCUGUGAAGUGAGCCUGGUGAAGAGUCCAAGGGCUGAUUGCAGUGAACCUACUGAAGUAUGGAGGAAAGCCAGGGUGGUCUUGACAAAGGCAGAUGGUGUCAGUGGGAUUUAUCGAUUCGCCAACAAUCUUGGGUACAUGAAGAAGGAAGCUCUUCCUGAAUGCAAGAAAGUUCUUACAGAAAUGGGAUAUUUUGAACUUCAAGAUGAAAUUGGGGAGGAAGUUGAAGGUCAUUCUACUGCCCCAUGAUCUCACUUCUAAAAACCUUUGCCCAUGUAAUAAAAAUUAAUUGCAUCUAUAGUAAUAUUAAAUCUCUAAAUUAUCCAAA